CAGGCUGUUAUGUUAUGUAUGACCUUCUCACCAUUUCUUUGAUUCAUUAUUUUCCCAUCAUCAUCAGCUAAAUACUGACGAGGUCGUCUUGAUUUUGCAACUAUUGAAUAAUGGAGAUUGAACCCUCUUCAGAUUCAUCUGAAAGAUUCAAGCUUUACGAUGAGCUUGAAUUGCACGAGUUUCAAGACAAGUUUGUGAUCAAAUCCCAUCAAUGUCCCGAUCAAGGCUUCUGGAUAAGUCGCCGUGAUGGUAACAUCAAUUUACUUGAUGGUGACACAUGCUCCGAAAGUUCAUCGACAAAAUCUACGAUUUAUGGUCUCAUCGGAACAAUAAGAUUGGUUGUAGGAACUUAUGCCAUUGUAAUAACCUCUCGGAAGGAAGUUGGACGAUUCCUUGGUUUUCCAGUAUAUCGCGUUAUGUCUAUAAGAGUACUUGCAUGUAAUGAGGCUUUGAAGUUUUCAACUAUUCAAGAAAAAAGGGAUGAAGCUUACUUCAUGAAUCUGUUGAAAGAAGUGGGGUCAAUGCCAGGCUUGUAUUAUUCAUAUGAAACAGAUAUUACAUUAAACUUAGAGAGAAGAAGCAAGUUAGUUGAAGGGUGGAUGAAUAAACCAAUCUGGAAGCAGGCUGACCCUCGAUAUGUCUGGAACAAACAUCUUCUUGAGGAGCUUAUUGAGUUUAAGCUUGACAGAUUCAUCAUUCCUCUAGUACAAGGGAGCUUUCAAGCAGCUGAACUGAAGCUAAAAGACUCAUGUGCAACAGUAACAUUAGUUUCAAGGAGAUGCACACGGCGUCUAGGAACAAGAAUGUGGAGAAGAGGAGCUAACCUUGAAGGUGACACUGCCAAUUUCAUUGAAACUGAACAGUUACUUGAAAUUGGAGAAUUCAGGUUCUCAUUUUUGCAGAUUCGAGGUUCAAUUCCUCUUCUGUGGGAGCAGAUUGUUGAUCUAAGCUAUAAACCACACCUAAGGAUUAUUAGUCAUGAGCAAACACCAAAUAUCGUGGAGCGUCAUUUCCAUGAUCUCUUCAAGAGAUACGGAGAGAUAAUGGCUGUUGAUCUAACUGAUAAACAUGGUGAAGAAGGUCAACUAAGUGCAGCAUAUGCUGCUGAAAUGCAAAGUCAGCAAAAUGUGAGAUACGUGCCUUUUGAUUUCCAUCACCACUGUGGGAGCUCAAACUUCGAUAAUUUGAAAAUCCUCUAUGAUCAAAUUUCAGAGGAUUUUGAAAAACAAAGAUACUUCAUGAUAGAUAGAGAAGGAAAUAUAUCAGAGGAGCAGAGAGGAAUUAUUAGGGCAAACUGCAUCGACUCCCUUGAUCGAACAAAUGUUACUCAGAGUUAUCUGGCCCAGAAGUCAUUGAAUCUACAAUUGCAAAGGAUUGGAGUGUUUACUUGCUCUGAGUGCAUUUCAAUGUUUGGCGAGGAAUAUGGAAAAUUCAGGACAUUGUGGGCAGAGCAAGGUGAUGAGAUAAGCCUUGAGUAUGCUGGGACUCAUGCUCUGAAAGGGGACUUAGUUAGAUAUGGAAAACAAACAAUAACUGGAAUAAUCAAAGAUGGGAUGAGUGCACUUUCACGCUAUUACUUGAAUAACUUCCAUGAUGGGAUUCGGCAGGAUGCCCUGGACCUGAUAAGCGGACACUAUACUGUCAGUGGAAAUGUUCCAUCUCCCUUGCAGAUAAAUAGUUUUGAACCUUUUUCAGCUGGAUUCACAUGAGCCGAGCAUGUCAUUUUUAGGAUGUCCAUGUUAAUCUCCAUUUGUUGCCAAAUGGGAGGGGGAUGGAAUAAUGUAGUAGCUGCUUUAGUUUCAGAGAACAUGGUUGACAUACAUGAAUGUCGUGGCCACCUUCCCUAGGAGCCAGUUCUAAUUUAAUGGUAGAUCAAAAUUUGUUACAUUUUGGAUUAUGGUAUAUGAAAGGGAGCCUUGGCGCAACUGUAAGAGGUUGCUACCAUGUGACUGAGGUCACGGGUUCAGGUCUUGGAAACAACCUGUUGUGUAAAAAACAUAUGGUGGACCCUUCCCCCAACCCCAUGCAUAGCAGGAGCAGAUUUAAUGCACAGGGCCGCCCUUUUAUGGAUUAUGGUAUAUGAUUAACUUUAGUUGAGUGGAUUCAUUAGAAAGAAUACACAUACCCAAAAUCUGACCAUUGUUGAAAAGCCAUUUCAGCACACAUAUAUUGAAAUGCUAUUUGUGCACAUAAGAUUUGCUACAUUACACUUCAUUUUUUAAAAUGGCUUAUUAAACAACUUUUGACUAGCAUU